ACACAUCUAGUGCUCAUUGUGGCAGAAUUGCAGUGCACUGGUUUGUACAGAGCAGGGUAGCAUCCAGGCUGUUGUCUGUGAGGGGUGGGGUCCGGCUACACUGAUACCACCAGACGUAAGCUUACAGAGGGACACAGAGAGGCAAGAAAAGAGAGAGAAAAAAAGAGAGAGAAGAGGGGGGAAGAUUGCACCUGAAGAGGACUAGAAUACGGGAUGAAAGGAGACACCCCAGUGAACAGCACAAUGAGCGUCGGCCAAGCCAGGAAGCUGGUGGAGCAGCUGAAGAUAGAGGCUAGUUUCUGCAGGAUAAAGGUAUCAAAGGCAGCGGCUGACCUGAUGGCGUACUGCGACGCACACUCCUGUGACGACCCCCUGAUCACCCCCGUGCCCACCUCAGAGAACCCCUUCAGGGAGAAGAAAUUCUUCUGCGCUCUGCUUUGAGCCCAAUCAGGGAUUGUUGUGAUUAACAGUACAACUGUACAGUAUGUACAUGUAUGUACAGUGUGUACAUGUACUUCUGAUCUAAAUAAGACAUCAAUGUACUAUAGUAACCUUGCAUAAAAGCUGCCGAUGUACAGUACACAAUCAACUACAAAAACGUCUCGAACUAAAUUCUUUAACUGCUAACGUCAAUGUUAAGAGGGGAAGAACAAAAAUGACUUGAAGCAAAACCCAAACAUUCAAUCAAUAAAGAGUCAGAGAUAUACCAUGUUCAAAAACAAAAGAAAUUUAAGAAACAGCUAUCACGUGGUUGAAAACACAGACAUUUCAUGCUCACAUAUGUUACAGGUAGCUGCCAAAGAGGAAACAGUCUGAGCAUCAAGUGUCUUACAAGGCUCCGACAGUCACAGGGACAGACUCGUGGAUUCUGCAGCAUUUGGCACUUUUAACUGGGAGGCCGAGGCCCCGUCUACACGUAUACAGAUAUUUUUGAACUGAUAUUUUCCUCUAUGUUUUGUCCUCUUGUCUAUACACAGACAGAGAUUUGGGUUGGGGAUUUUUAAGAACGCCUUCCAAGGUGCUGAUUUUAUCCAUGUGGACGUGUAAAUCAGAGCAUUUGGAAAACCUCAUCUCCUAAAUUGCUGCCUGCCGCUUUGCUUACAUUUUGUUAGCACUGCUUGGUCUAAUGACUACUUAACAUUUAAACUUAGUACUACUGCACCACUUCACGGAUGAACAAAGGCGUCUGCUGCGCCCAGUGUUACUUGCACCACCUAAGUAUCCGCAGGUUUAAGUAUGCCAGAAAUGAUGGUUCUGGAUCAGGCCCGGUUGAACCAGCAGGCAGUGGGACAAUUUUGAGAUUUGGUUUGUUGUCGAUAAGGACUAUAAAAAGAAGAAAUACUUUCGCAUGUUCAGAGCAUCACUCAAAUCUUUGAUUCCCCUUCGUCAAAAAUCUGUUACCGUUUCAUGACUGUUCGUCAGCCGUUAAUCAUGUUAGCCUGUCUGUUAGCAUUGCGGGUGACUUGGUUCGGCAGCUGUUUGUCAUGUCGACGACUGUUUUCGGGCUGUUGGCAACGUCGGCGAUGCUGUUAGUUGACCGUUAGCGAUAUUUGUUGUUUUUUACCGAAGUUUUCUUGUUUUGCUCCAAGAAGACUGUGUCCAAAGGAUUUACUCUACAAACUGAAAUCAAAGGGAAUCAAAAGUUAUAUAUUCUCCAGUAGGUGACCUCGCGUAGCCACGCCUAUCUACACAGUGCUAUGUCAGCGCUCGAGAAAGGUCUGGAAUCAACGCCUAUCUUUCUGCUACUGGGGAAAAAAAUGCUCUACUUUGUUUUUGUUUCUUUAAACCAAUCACAAUCGUGUCGGGCGGCACAUUGCCCAGGAUGCAGUGAUGGUGCUCUUGCAAAAUAGUGUUCUGGUUCUGAUAGAACAUUUGAAAUUAAAAUGACUCCGCAAAAGAAAACGCCACAUUUACAGUCAUACGUCAACUUUGUGAUUCAACUUAUAGUGGUAAAAAAAAGGGCUCUGGAGGAACUCACUGGACCCAUUAAAACCACAAUUUCUUGGCUGUAUGUGGCUCUAGCACAGUCAGUUUCAGAGUUUUAAAAUGCGGUAAGUCAACUCUGACCGGACUUUUCACAAAGCAGAUAAACGUCGGCCAUGAGUCCUGCGAGACAGAGUCAGAGCAUUUCCAAGGUGCUUUCACAAGUUAUUUCAUUCAUUGUUGAUCACGAUAACAAUUCACCAAAACGACAAAGCAGGCGCGCCUUUUUGCACGAUUCCAACUCUUUAUCAAAACUUGCCUUUUUCAGUGGAAAGUGUGGUUGUUUUUUCAUGGCAAAGGAGAUUUGGAAAUGGUAACAAGGAAGGGAGACUGCCGGUUGACAUCAGUGGCCUAAUGGCAGGUUUUCAGCCACAGUCUAAAUCCGGUGAGUCAGACUAUGAAAAAGGUGAUGUUAGCUUGUACACUUUACUACCUUUGUGACAAGGGGAGACGGGUGAAGACAGCUAAGGCCAGCUAGCAUUUGGAGUCGUCAUUUUUACGUUCUAGUUUGGACGAAGGUAUUUUCUAAAAUGGAGGUUGUGUGGACAGAUUUUUUUUUUUUAAAUAUCUGUAAAAGUGUAGACAGGGCCUAAAAUCCCACAUUAGGUCUUUGGAUUGUGGUGGUGCUACAAGUCUCAGAUGCUGCUCUGAUAGGUCAGGGCUGUCAGUUCUCCCCCAUAGAAACUGUCCACACAUAUUUGAGAUCUGGCGACUGAGAAAAAGAAAAACCUAUGUUAGGUAAUUAAGUACGACAUUUCCCAUGUGGUGACUACUUGUAGAUGGAGGUCAGAACACCCUACUUCAGCUUAGACAUGCUUUACAUGCGUCUUCAUUCAGAGUGUUUUCUCCCAUCUAGAUAUCACACACAUUUUGUAUUCCUCGUUCACUUAGGUGUUUCCAGUUUUGGCAGUUACUUGUAUCUACCAAUGACAACAGCUGUUUGAGUGGCGUAGAAUCAUGUAAUCUGUUUAUUUCAAGGUUUUAUUGAGAUUUAAGCUCAUUUCUAUACUGUUGCUGUAGUGUGGAUGUGGAAGUGUGUGUAUGCAUAGGUGCUAACUGUGAAACUUAAGCAACAAUCCUGAGCAUCUGAUCACUGUCGAAUCAAGAUUUUAUAGUUCAAUAGCACACAGACCCAAAAAAAAGAAAAAAAAAACAUUAAAAGGGGUUAUGAACAUUUAAUAUAUAUAAUCUAAGCCAUUAAAGCUAAAUCAGCUAUUCGAUUAUUAUGACAUGAAUAAUUUUAUAUUUCUUUGAGGCAAAAAAUAAACAGCAGUUACAAUGUACUUUUAAAGACAGGUGAACAUCGUCAUUUUAACCAAUCAGGUCUGAGAGGUUCUCCAGAGCAGAACGUCUCCACUCAUUCAUGUGAAUUGAGGACUGAUGUGAAUGACUUGGGGAUUUUAAUUACAAGGUGUCACUUUUUCUGUGGUUAUUUCUCCAUCUACAGUACAGGCAAUGGUUUGUUUCUGUUAAAUCAUACCCACACAAAAAUAAUAAAAUGGCUUUCAUCUGGAGUUCCCUCCAACAUGGUCCCAUCUCGUGAGCUCCGUGGCAUCUUCGACAUGAUAAAACUUUUGGGAGACCCCGCUCUGGACCAUUUCAAAUAUAAACCCAUGUAUUUUCAGUACCUUGCAAAUAUCAAAUUUGGAGCUUUGGUGAAAAGAGUAACCAUGGAAUAUCAAGUAUUGAAAUAAAACCUCCUGUUAUCAAAGAUUUUUUUUCUCAUUUGUGAUUUUAUUUGAUAAAAACUGAAUAAUGAACAUGUAAAAAAGAAAGAAAGCAUGUGUCCAAAUGUGAUACUUGCCUUUUAUUUCUUUUUUAAUAAUAAGAGCAAUAUAAAAACUGAAGAGUUUUCACAGUCAAAUGCAAACACAUCAGCCAGUGUUUAACAAGAAGCUGCUACAGUUACAUCUUCAAACAGCUGGUGGUGCAUGGGAGAUUAAGUGACACAGCCUGGACAUGCACUACUGCAGGUUUUAUAGUUCAUCCGACUGAAUAAAAGGUUCAUAACCAGCAUGCAUUAAGGCAUCUCAUGUUUAGAAACACAGUCAAAAGAUACUAUCAAGCUCAGUUGUGAAGACCUGACCAAAAUCAGGCUUAGCGAUGAUACAAAAUACAGACUGCACUGUGCAGACUGUGGUAUUCCAUCUUCAUUUAAAGUCAAUGGAAACUUGGGCCACAUUCAUACUAAUAUGUUUUAAUUCAAAACAAAAACAAUCUGCGUAUACAAGAGCGUUUUGGCACCAUUUAAGAAUUAAUCUCCAUCCACAGUACCACACCUUAAAACGCAUUUUCAUUUGGUUGGUUGCCUUGUUUGAGAAAAUACUACAGAGAUGGUGAAAAGUUAGACCAGAGAUUUUAUUGCUAAGACCGACUAGGUGGAAGCAAGUUGUUACAAAGCAAAUACGACGACAUAUCAGGGCGGUACCGGUCCUGAGCAUCAUCCAUUUCUGGACGAAGCCAUGGAAAUGGAAAAGAGUACCCACACAAGAAAGAUCAACUCACAAAUAGUAUGUAGACCUAGCUACAAGGUUUGACAUGACAAGCUGGUACCAAUAAGACCCAAUUCAAAGGCUUACAUGGGUGUCUGUGUCAUCGCUUCCAAAAUGUUUCUGCCCAUCCGGACUGAAAAACAGCACCGGCGUAUAGCAGGGUCAGCAGCGUUCUCAAAGGUCUCUGUUUUAGGGGUUCCAAAACACCAGAGUAGUGCGGACGCUAGGUGUUUACGCUGCAAUGGUUUUGCGUUUUAAAACUGAAACAUACUAGUGUGGAUGUAGCCUUAACCCAGUGAUUUACCGUAGUUUAAAAGUAUAAAAGACAAUACAAGCAAUAGAUUGAAUGGGUCUCGCUUCACUUUUGUAUGCAGAGCAAGAAACGAGGUCAACUUCUACUGAAGCUUUAAAUACAUUCUAUCAUACGAGUACAGCAUAUCAACUACUUUAGCCUCUUAACUUUUACACGAAUGUUAUGAACACACAGGGUGCUGAUUGGUUUACUGCACACCAACAGGUUGCAUCAGUCUCAGCGUAAUAAUUGUUGUUGCAACUCAUUUGCCUCGACACCCAGCACUUCAGGCAGAAACAAAAUGCUUUAACUGCUAAAUUAGCAGCAUUGUCAAGCUUAUCUAGUAGACACAUUCUUGUACGUUAUAGAAAGGUCAGAUUUUUUGAAGCAGGGUUGCAUGAGGUAUUUAUCUGUAGUCAGUUUAUUACCUAUAGUCGAUAGUGGUCGGCACGCCCCCAGUUUGGAGAAGCAGGCAGGAGUACCGCAGCAGAUGAUAAGCAAUGCACUGUUGUGGACGGGCAGCAGCAAAACGUUAUUUAGCCACCUAAAAUUUUCUUACAUCAGUUUAAGUUAGGGUUGGGUACCGUUCACAAAUGAAUGGAUACCAAAUUGGUUCCAGGACCUGGAAUUUGUUUUAAGUACUUUUUGACGGUACUUUUCUUUCUCUGGAACAACAAAAAUUUGUAUUUUGAUCAAGCUGAAGCGAUAGUUUGGCCCCCUGGGAAGCCGACGAAUCGGCAGUGAAGCUCCAUGGCUGGCUUCCCAGCUUCAGUGCGUUUCCACCUCCUUUCUGACGUUGAACCCGGCAGCUUUGCGGUGCGCAUAUGUCAGCCUCAGAGCUCCAUGGCUGGCCUCUGCCUUCUCACCCAUAUACACUCUCAAGUACCAGCAUUUGGCAUGGAUGGGUUUAGCGUGAAUCAGUACUUGGUGGUAAUUCGGUCUGUAUCCUUAAAAGUAUUGAGUUCGGUACCCAACCCUAGUUUAAGCGUACGCUAUGUUUAGAAUAUUUAUUCCUUAUUCCUUUCUGCAAGGAACUGAAGCUGUUAUCUACUCUCUCUUCAAAGCCACCAGACGCCUUUGACAAAAACAGUGAUUUUACCUUGCAGAACACAGGAGCUGCUGGUCUACUGCUGCCUCAGUUGGUUAGUUAGUUUGGUCUGGUUACGGUGUGACUUUGGUGUUUUCAAAAGGUUACUUCAGAUUCACCAAAGUCACGUGUUGGGUGAGGUAAACGUACUGUUUUUGUCAAAGGAGUCUGGGUUAUUUGAAGAGAGCAUGGAUGGAUAUAACAGCUUCAGUUCCCAGUCCUUGUUUUCCCAAACUGGUGGCGUGCCAUCUACCAUCUACUGUAGGCAAUACACUGACUAUGGGUAAGCCCCUCAUACAAACCCACUUCAAAAAAUCCAAAUCGUCCCUUUAAAGGCUGCAGCCUGCUCAUCAGCAAUAGACACGUUUUUGACAGUGUUUGAGUUUGUUGAAUCAGAGUCUUUAUUUAUAUACUUUUCCAUCUUCAGGUUCAAACAAGCUCUGAGCAGACCAGAUGUCGGCAUCUGGCCAUGUUGCUUCUUCAUUGGCAAGAUCAAAAGGUUAAAAGGUUUUGUGACAGAAAAAAAAACAAUCAACUUCUCACCUAAGACCAGCGUCACAUUAGUUUUGAGGUUUUGUUAUCGUUUGUCUCAUAAAUCAGUCAUAUCCUCUGAAAGACACUUCAAACAGACAAUCCACCUCUUCAAGAAAUCUUUUAAAUGUUGUUGGUGGACUGACAGUACAUGAUAUCAAACUGUGAUACAAUGCACUAUUUAAAAAUAAUACAGCUUACAUCAACGUUCCUUUCCAGUGGCUUAAAAACCAGGCAAACAGGGAGAGAAGCCCAAGAGUUUCAGUUGAAUUACAAUACAUAGAAAGAAAAA